UCGUGCUUGAAGACAUGAAUGGGAAGGAGGAAAAAGUGGUUGAAGAGGAGGAAGUGCGCAUUGACGAGGAGGAAGAUCUUGGGUGUUCCCAUUGGGAGGAAUCAAAUUCUGAAGAAGGAAGGGAGGUUGAAGAUGAAGAAGAAGGUGCAAGUGGAGUCCAAGAUGAGGACAAGGUCGAGGUGGAUGAAGCAUCCACUAGUUACGAGGGCUAUGAAAGCUUUCCACCCGACCUUGAUGAGCUUUUGGAGAAAGACCCGUUUGCGGCUCUUUAACAAGCCAAGGCCAAACCAUCGGCGAUCCCUCUUGGUGGAUGUGAUGGUGGUAAAUCGAUGAUGCACUACAUGGUGUGGGGCAAAGAGAAAGAAGGAGAGGUCUCGUGGGUGGAGCCUCAAAGUCGAUCAAGUUCACAAGCCCUCGAUCAUGGAUUCGUCCAAUGCUCGUGACUUGAGAUUUCACCUCACCGACGAGAAUCUCAAGUUCAAGGAGGUUCUUGGGUGGACCGAAACUUGAGGAGAAAUUGUCUGACUCAUGACGUUAAAGAAGCUCUUGGUGGGAGGCAAUCCAUCUACCAUCGAUUUGCUUGCUUUCCUCUCCAAUAAGAAGACCAUUGAAGA